ACAACUUGAACAUAGCCAAAGUGAUAUUUAAAUUGGAAAUAUUGUUUCAGUACACUAAAUAUGUCAAUGCACAUUUUUCUGCUCUUUUUACUGUUGAUAAAUUUGAAUGAAUAUCAAACUCUGUUGCUCAGAGGGAAAAGGGUACUUGAAGGUCAGUUUCCUUGGUUGUUACAAUUUCAAACAAUAUCACCAUGCGGUGGAAUACUUCUUUCAUCAGAUUGGGUUUUAACUGCUGCACAAUGUGUACAAGAGAAAAGAAACUCUAUUAUUUUGGUUGCUACUGGAUUAAAUGGAAUUGGCUCUAGACAAUCAAUAUCUGUGAAGGCUACUUAUAUACACCCUGACUAUGAUGUCUAUUCUAUUUUACCCGAUCGAGACCACAACAUAGCUCUCUUGAAACUCGUUGAACCAUUUGUGUGUGACGCCAAAAUUACUUUACCUAAUGUCAAACGUGUUGAUUCUGAUAAUUACACGUCGUGUUUCAUAUUUGGAUGGCAGAGUUACCUUCCACCUUCUUCGAAAGUAUUUGCUAAACCAAUGCAAUAUAACGAAGUAAUAAUUAACUCCUGGAAAUCUUGCACACGCAUGAUAAAAGCAAAUACCAAUUAUACAAAUUACACAAAUGUGUUCUGCACAAUGGUUGAAUUUAAAGAUGGAAUGGAAGCUUGCGCUGGUAAUCCUGGUUCUCCAGUUGUAUGUGAAAACCAUUACCGUGAAAUAGCUGUACUUGGAAUCGCUUCAUGGUCAAAUUUUUCUUUAGAGUGUGGAGACUUACCAACAUACCUUGACCUCAGCAUAUACAGGGCGUGGCUAUACAAUUUAGUUCUUAAUAAUAAAACAGAAAAAUUAGAUAAUAAUGGUAGUUAUACCCUAGAGAGCACAAGGGUACGCUUACAGAAUGUAUCUCUAAUAGGAAGCGCAGAUCAAGAAAUAUCAACAGAAAGUAUAAACAUAACUAAAUUUUGGAAUAAAUUGCAUACUCCUUUAAAUAUUGAAAGUUAUAUAAGCACGUCAGUAGCCCAUAAUUUCCAUCACUAUCAUCAUCGUCCAAAUCAUGCAAAUAAUCAUGAAUUUACAAAUCUAAACAGAUCUUCGUUAUACAAUGGAAGAUUUAAGACAAUCGCGGCUGAACGUAACAAUGACACAACCGAGUUCAAUAGCUUUGAAUUUUUAUUACCACUUACUAUUAAAAAUGUGGUAACCUCUUGCUCCAAUAUUGCUAUUACAUGCAAGAAUAUUUAUUUUCUAAUCUAUAUUUUACUAUACUUUUGAUUUUAUUCAGAUGCUAUAUAUUGCUGUACAAAUUAUGUAUUAUACAAAAUAGAUGAAGCAGUGUAACGAG